AUGGCUUCCAAAGGAGAAAAACCUCCUCAGUCAAGGUGCAGUAGUUGUGGUCCUGGAUUCCAGAAGAAAUCCCAAGAGGGAAAGGCUGUCUGCUGUUAUGGCUGUGUCCCCUGCACAGACAGGCACAUUGCUAACCAGACAGACACAGAUCAAUGUAUGAAAUGCCUCGAAGAUCAAUAUCCCAAUCAGGAGAGGAAUCAGUGCCUCCCCAAAGUGGUGACCUUCCUGGCCUAUGAAGAGCCCUUGGGGAUGGCUUUGGCUUCUGUAGCUGCUUGCUUGUCUUUCCUCACAGCUCUGGUUCUCUGGGUCUUUGUGAGACACAAAAACACCCCCAUCGUCAGAGCCAAUAACCGGGAUCUCAGCUACAUCCUCCUCAUCUCCCUUAUCUUCUGCUUUCUCUGCUCUCUGCUCUUCAUUGGCCGCCCAACUGCAAUGAAUUGCCUCCUUCGACAAGCAACAUUUGCAGUCAUGUUCACGAUGGCCGUCUCCUCGGUUUUGGCCAAAACCAUCAUUGUGGUUCUGGCCUUCAGAGCCACCAGACCGGGCAGCAGGAACAGGAAAUGGAUGGGAUCCAGGACCCCCAUUUCUGUUGUUCUCUUUUGCACCUUGAUUCAGAUUCUGCUCUGUGCAAUCUGGCUGCUGCUCUCUCCCCCAUUCCCAGAAGCAGACACACACUCUGACCGUAAGCAUAAUAUCCUGGGAUGCAAUGAGGGCUCUCUCAUUGCCUUCUAUUUUGUCCUGGGCUACAUGGGAGUCUUGGCCCUGGGGAGCUUCACUGUGGCUUUUCUAGCCAGAAAUCUCCCUGACACUUUCAAUGAAGCCAAGUUCAUCACCUUCAGCAUGCUGGUCUUCUGCAGUGUCUGGGUCUCCUUCCUCCCCACAUAUCAGAGCACCAAGGGGAAGAUGAUGGUGGCCGUGGAGAUCUUCUGCAUCUUAAGCUCCAGCACUGGCUUACUAAGCUGUAUCUUCAUCCCCAAAUGCUAUGUGAUCCUUCUGCAACCCCACAGAAACAUCAAGAAAACUUUAAAAGAUAAUUCCACUUCCUGAGUCAAGCAUCAUUCUGAAAUAUUCUAUAGGUCUUUCACUGAUAGUAUGAUAUUGAAAACAAUUAACACAAAUCAAUUUAGCUUCAAAAUUCCCAAUGAAAUCUUCAUGAAAUCUACAUUCACUAAUCCUACAUCAAGGUGUUAACACAGUGGAAUUAUGCAUGCACCUAUUUCCUUGAAUGCCCAUCUUCUUCCCUGGAAGAAAAUGCUCAGUUUAGUGGAAAAGUUUAUCAUGGGCUACAAUCCAAAUUCUUUGCUUUUUGGAAUUAUUUAGAAUAAAUAAUAAUAAAUGAUAAUAAAUAAAUAAAUAAUAAUAAAUAAUUUGGAAUUAUUAGAUUCCAGGCUCUGCGAUUCCUUCUGGUAGAAACUGCUAAGUCCUGAGUAAUCCUUUAUGUAGCUCCUCAGUAUUAGAAUUGUAAUUUGAUAUUGUAAUUUGUCAUUGUAAUUCAGUAUAUUGUAAUUCAAUAUUGUUUGUAACAUUUUUUCAUUGCUCUGAUGUUAUAGGCCAGAACUCUGUACUUGAAACAAGGAUUCUUUCAAGGUACUAAGUAAGUGGAAUUGAUAAUACAAUGGUUAUUUAGUUUAGCAUGGUGAUUAAUAGUUCUCUAGUUCAGUAUGACUGAUUUAAUCUUACAACAAAUAAUGGUUCCCUGGUGAUAUUAUUAUUGGUUUAAACUCAGUAUACUGUAAAUGAUCUAAUUAUAAUAGAGCAUAUAAACUGGGACAAACUCAGUCAGGGUCAGAUUCAGAGAAGACAGAAGACUGGAGGUGGGAACUCAAGCUCUCAGAGCCAAGAAGAGAGAUUCACUUCAUCUCACACCACCAUGGUGGCUGACCUAUCCUUCUGCAUUUCUUCCACUGAGACCAAGCAAGCAAGGAGAUAAUAAAGAAUUUGGACUUUAACAAA